AUGCUCGCCAUCCGACUGACACGUCUGGAACAACUCCGCCGGGGCUUCAUCAGGAGCGUGCUGGGGCUGCCCCGGCCCUCACAGAUAGCGGCAACGCUUACAGAGGCGGGAGCGUGGCCUUUGUCUCUCCUGCUGCAGCAGCGUGGCUUGCUGCACAUUGACAGGCUGGCCCACGCCCCUGACGGAGCACCCCUGCUCACCCUCCUGGCAGGCCGACCCUCUUCCAAAAUGGGGAGCCUGGUCGAGACCUAUCAUGCAGUGGUCGGCCAGGUACCUCCAUCGGUGCGACUCCCACCUCCUCAAGAGAGGUCCUUGGUCAUCUGCACCUCGCUGGAGGGACACUCCAAGCGCCAUUCUUCCAGCUGCACACUCCUGCAGGUGGCCACCUCUAAGCUGGAGGAAGAGCUGGCAGGGAGACGGGCAUCCACUUGCCGACUCUCCUUCUCGGCCAGCUCCACCACUGCUGAGAUGGCGGGCCUUCACAUGGCCGCAGACAUGCUGGCAGCAGACCCUCCUGGAGUACCUGUGGCGGUGGCCUGCGACUCAAGAGCAGCUCUCCAGGCCGUGUGUCUCCCGGAGAGGUCUGGCCUUAGUUCAGCCCUCUUGGUCUCAGAGGGCGUUAUACGUGACUCUGAACUUGUACGACGACAGUACGACAGCCCACAACAGGAGUGUGUCAUUGUGCAAACUGCUGCAGGACAACGGCUCUCCACAAGUACAGAGCAAGAUGCCGGCACUCCUCAGGAGGCUAGUGAAACUCUGCAGCCACACCAAGGAGCUCAGGCGCAGCAUUACGAGCGGUCGCAGCCAAUCGGCAUGCAUCAGCACGCUGGGGCUGCACUGCCGCAAUCCGCCCCUCCGCUAGACUCAGGAGAUUCUGGAAUGGUUACGCAAUGCAUCACAAUUUCUGAUUCGGAGGACGCAGUUACAUAUCUGGAAACUCUUUUACGGGAAGAAGUAGCUCCUACGAAAGAGAGUCAUCAGUCUGUGCGAAUAAAAUCGUCACGUCGAGCAAUCAUACAGCAAGAGAUGCGUUCACCAGUUUCAGACAAUUCGAUUACGGGUCUGGGAACACCUCCCCUAGAAGAGGUAGCCAAAUUGAAAUCGAGUCAACGGGAUGUACAACAAGAAUUGUCACUUCGGAGCAUGACGCAGCAAGAAAUUAAUUCACGAAGAUCGGAUUCUUCGCUUCCCAGUCUCAAGUCACCUCCACUACAAGGGGUAGCAAGAUUGCAAGCGAAUCAACAGGCUUUGCAACUAAAACCUUCACGUCAAGGAAUGAUGCAGCAACGAAGUGAUUCAUCAGCUACAGACCACUUGGUUCCGAGUCUGUCGUUACCUACGCAAGAACAGGUGGCCAGGACGACAGCGGUAAAGUGGGAUUCGCCACCAUGGUUGCAGAGUUCGGGAGCAGGGCAAGCAGGGUUAACACCACAGAGUGUCAAAAAACUGGUGCCCGCUGUGAGAACUCCGUAUGUGGAAGAGAGUGCCGUGACGCAUGCCAUAGCCUCGACAAAUGAGCAGGUGCUACAACUGUUAGCAACUAAAAAGCUAAGCAUGCUGCAUCGACAACGGCGACCACGUUCGCCUUCAGCAUCAACAAGUCAAAUGGAAAGACAUCCAUCGGACCACGUUGCAUCGGUUCCAAAUACAAGCGUUCUUCCAUCAGCUGCGAAGCCAGGUGCACCAGCGGGGGACGAAGUUGUCGAAGAAAUGAAUGAUGGAGGCACGCAGGAGGAAUCAUCACAAAUUUCUGAAUGCUCCCAACCUACACUCGCAUCCUCAGACGAACAUUCGUCCCGUGCUUCAUACCACGAGGACUCAGCAGCAGGACAACCCCGCAACGCGAACUACGCCCAACCAUACCAACUGGCGACAAUGCCGUUCCUGAGAAGAGCUAGGCAAAUAAGACUCCGCAGCCCACCAAAUAUGUCAUUCUUUAAUGUAUCCGACUUUCCACCAGCUAGCAAUCCAUGGCCAGAGUUCACAAACAUAGAUUUAGAACCGCUGAGUGAGAGAGACACGCAGGAUGAACUACAAUUGUUGGAGCUAUUACAAGGGGCGAUAAUGCCCAGCUAUAAUCCUUCCUCCGAUGUAAAAACUUGCGCGUCAACAACAUCCACAGGGCAGCCCUCCUCGGUAUCUUUAUCUACCGUGCCAAAUGCAUUACCAAGGCGUAUGCCUUUCGCCCAAACCACUUAUUUUCCAUAUUCUACAGCUUCGCAAGAUGCACAAAUCCUUGUAAGUAACGUGCCACACCCCAGCACCGCGGAGCAGAGCUAUGAACGCAUGCAACCGCACGUAACGUAUCAAGAGCCAAUCAUUAUGCCAUCGCAAGGAGCAGCCGCAGCAACUUCCGAGCAAGCAGCGAGACGCACUAUCCCAACAGGGAAUAGCUUAUAUGCUCAAGGGACCCCAUCGUCAUCCGUCUCUGCCUCAUCCUACGACAACGCUUAUUUUGCGUCCGCUUCAACGUCGGAAAGCGCGCAAGUUUCCACUCCUAACAUGCCGCACGCCAGCACAAGAGCGCAGAACUAUGAACACUUACAACAACCCCCAAUUCACCAACACUCAAGCUUUUUGCUAUCGCAAGGAGCGACCGCAGCUCCUUCCGACCAAGGAACAAAACGCGAUAUCUCAGCAGGGCCCGUCUUAUUUGCACAAGAAACCCCGUUGUCAUCUUUAUCGGCCUCAUCCUACGAUAUCGCCUAUUCAGCUCCUACAACAUCCGAAGGGGCGCAAGCCUUCCCCCAUAACAUGCCGCACACUGGCACGGUGGAACAUAAUUAUGAAAACUUGCAACCACUCACAAGCUUUUUACAAUCGCAAGGAGCGAUCGCAGCCCCUUCCGUCGAAGCAACCAAACCCACCGCCUCGACAGGGUCUAUCUUGAUUAUUCAAGGAACCCCAUCGUCAUCUUUCUCUGGCUCAUUAUCCAACACCGCCUAUAUUGCGUCUCCUUCAACAUCCGAAGGCAUGCAAAUUUUCAACCGUACCAUGCCGCUCUCCAGCACACCACAACAGAACUAUGAGCACGUGCAACCACACCCAACUUAUCAAGAGCCAAUCAUUAUGCCAUCGCAAGGAGCACCCGCAGCAACCACCGAACAAGCAGCGAGACGCACUAUCCCAACCGGGAAUAUCUUUUACGUUCAAGCGACCCCCUCGUCAUCCAUCUCUGCCUCAUCCCACGACACCGCCGAUUUGAGGUCCUCUUCAACGUCGGAAAGCGCGCAAGUUUCCAAUCCAAACAUGCCGCACGCCAGCACAAGAGCGCAGAACUACGAACACUUGCAACAACCCCCAAUGUUCCAAUACCCAAGUUUUUUGCUAUUGCAAGGAGCGACCGCAGCUCCUUCCAACCAAGGAACAAAACGCGAUAUCUCAACAGCGCCCGUCUUACAUGCGCAAAAAAUCCAAUUCUCAUCUUUAUUAGCCUCAUCCUACGACAUCGCCUAUUCAGCGCCUACAACAUCCGAAGGGGCGCAAGCCUUCUCCCAUAACAUGCCGCACACUGGCACGGCGGAACACAACUCUCAAAACUUGCAACAAUUCACAACUUACCAGCAGCCUAGCUUUCUGCAUUCGCAAGGAGCGAUCGCAGCACCUUCUGACCAAGCAACCAUACGCACUACCUCAACAAGGCCUGUCUUAUUUGCUCAAGGAACCCCAUCGUCGUCUUUCUCUGGCUCAUCCUACGGCACCGCCUAUUUUGCGUCGUCUUCAACAUCCGAAAGCCCACAAGUCUUCAACCGUACCGUGCCGCACUCCGGCACCGCAGAACAGAACUAUGAACGCACGCAACCAUACCCUACGUAUCAACAGCCUAGCGUUAUGCCCUCACAAGGAGCAGGCGCUGCAUCUUCCGACCAAGCAACGAGACGCACCAUCUCAGCAGGGUCUCUCUCAUAUGCUCAAGGGGCACCAUCGUCAGCUUUGUCGACCUCAUCCUACGACACCCCCUAUUCUGCGUCCUCUUCAACAUCGGAAAGUGCGCAAGUCUUCACCCAUAACAUGCCGCACUCAAGCAUAACAGCGCAGAACUAUGAACACUUGCAACAGAACCCAACGUAUCAACAGCCAAACAUUGCGCCAUCGCAAGGAGAGCGUUCCGACCAAGAAAGAAGGCGCAUUAUCUGAACAGGGCCUUGCUUAAAUUUUAAAGGUGCCCCAUCAUUUGUUUCUGCCUUCUCUUAUCGCACCACCUGUUUUGCGUCCUCUUCAACAUCCAAAGGAGCGCCAGUGCUCACCCUUAACGGGCCGUACUAUUGUGUUGCAGAACGCAGCCAUGUAGACACGCAACCUGGGUCACCGUUUUGAAGAGAUAAGUAACACGCAAUCGGAAGAAGCCGCCUCAACGUCUGUCGAUCAACGAACAGAGCCAACAAUCUCAACCUUUCUCUUAAUGUCAAGAAACGUCAUCGUCCUGUUCCUGCUUCUCUU